AUGCAGAUUUCUAUCUCCUUUUCAUCCCCAUUCUUAACAACCAUGGCUGAAGCAGAUCAAAGGUUCCGUUCAGAGGUUCAUGCCGAGCAAUUCAGAGAAUUGAUGACUCAGAAUGUCAUUGAGGAAAAAUCUUGGGUUUUGAAUCAAGAUGAACUCCUGGAAGUGACUGUGAUUCUAAAGAAACAGAAGCUUACAUACUUGAAUAAGAAUAUCCAACUGGUUGCUAAAGAACUUGUCAUGGAAUUUUAUGCGAAUGCUUAUUGUGAUCCUAGUGACGAGGAUAGUGAUGUCACUCAAUUGGUAUACCGGGUUCGAGGCAAGGAAAUUCGUUAUGAUUGGCAGACAAUCAACGAUGCACUCAAAUGCAAGUAA